GGUUGAACGUUCAUUUGGCAGACCAUUGCUCCUGGUAGUUGACUAGGAUGGUGCACGUGCAGUCUUCGCAGAGAGGUUAGAGAGACAAGGAGAGACAUCAACUCAGGCCCUGUGUGGCUUUGUAUGGUCGUUAUAUUGAAUGAUGGUCGCAUCCUCUGGCUCAGGGGUGCGAAUAGAGUAUCAGCAACGUCACAAUUUCUUUAUUGAUUGCCUCGCGGAGGAGGUCCAUUUGCAUGCAGUUCCCGCAGUUGCAGGCGUCUGGGAAGGCCGCACCGUGUACCAGGCAUCAUCCAAAGUCAAGAAGAGCGCCGGUAUCAAGAAAUACUCAGCCCGGAAUCAUACCAUGUUUAGCUUCAUUUCCCCAGGUGCGGGAAUGUACUUAUGGAUGAAAUUUCAUCUCAAUCAACUUGAUCCCUCAUUCGCACCAGGAGAUGAAGAUACCUUGGACACAAAGUUAUGGAUAAAGUUACCAGAGAACGGAGUGUUGUCUAGGCCAGGUUGGAUGUUCACGGCCAAUGCGAUGAUCAAAAACUCCCAUAGCACUGAUUCUUCGAGUUCGCAUGAUUCAUCCGAGAGUUCUUUCAAGAGAAGGACUUGUUUUGGAUACAGGUCAGCUGCUCGGCGUAAGCAACGACCACCAUAUGGACCAAGAGACCCUGACUUGAAUGCCACGAUCCUUUUACUCUCUGCAAAUUAGAAGUACAGCCAUCCGUGAUCAUGCAAUGAUGAACCGAUCGCUUCCAAAUCUGCAUCACGUUAGUCUGAGAGUAGCCGUCGUCAUGGACCAUGACUUGUCUGGGUAUUUCUCUGUUUCCAUGGAUUCCCACCUAUUGUUGAACUCAACGAGGGUUGUCUCAAUUUGACCGUUCAUUGAUGGCAUUUGCAUUUCAAAGUUGCUACACCUUCUCCCUUCAAAAUGUUGCACCGAUCUGCUGCGGCAGUCUCCAAUUUCGCCGCCUAUCAGUCCUGAAAUCACCCAGGCUCUCUAUCAAAUUUAAGUGCACCACUUUGUUUGUUCACAUGCCUCGAAGUC